AUGUCGUCUCUCUUGAUUCUCUUGGCAUUCAACGUUUCUACUGCUUUCCAAGUCAAAGAGGUGAAUGAAGUUCUGAAAUGGUUGCCUGAACAUGAGCAUGCCUCCGUCACGCGUAAAAAAUAUGUAAACGAUCAGCGGUUGGCGGUCGGAAGCUUGCUCUUACGGCGAUAUUUUGUAUCCAAAUACCUCGCUAUGCCGUGGCAUGAUAUUCAGUUUGAUCGUCUUCCGGGAGGAAAGCCUACACUGGCUUGUCCAGACGGACAAUACCUUGAUUUCAAUAUAUCGCACGACGGUGAUUGGGUAGUCUUGGUCUCCACCAUGACGAGAAAACUUCAAGUUGGUGUAGAUUGCGUAUCAAUCAAGACACUCAAAGACCCGGUAAACACAUUUGUAGAUUGCUUUCAAUAUCAGCUGACUCUGUCCGAACGUCAAACCAUUUUCAACGGCCAGGAUGAAGCGACACAGCUACGAGCGUUUUACCAGAUAUGGGGCUGCAAAGAAAGUUACACCAAGGCCAUUGGCGAGGGUCUUGCGUUUGAUCUUCAACAGAUUUCAUUCAACAAUCACCCAACUGAACGAUGGAUUGAAUGCCAACAUGGUAAUCAAUUGCAGGUGACAUGGAUGUAUCACGUAAGCGAUCUGGAUGAGAAAACCGCUGUGGUCAUCUGCUGCGGUGAUCCAUCAGCGUCCUCCCUGGAUCACCGUCUGCGUGACUUUGGCCACAUGACUCGCCGAAUAGGGGAACCCUACGUCUCUCCAACCGACGCCUUUACGCGACUCACUUUGAAUGACAUCCACCAACAAUACUUGCGAAAUACACAUUGUUAA